UCACUGAGUUUACAUCCGGGUUUUUCCCUAGGCAAUGGGAGUCGCAGCACCGCCGUUCCUUAGGCAAAGUGAAAUAAAUUCGCCGCACCGACACAAAAAGUAGUCCGCUCCUCGAACACCUCUCCCCGCCGCCCCGCCUCGCUCAUCGGCCCGAUUUAACGAACUUUAACGGCGACCCACACCGACAUCGAGCCCCAUGUCGCGGACGGACGGGCAUUAAUGGGACGUGCGGGUAGUUUUUGUCCCCCUUCCUCCAGCUCCGGAGCGCAGGGAUCUGUGCUGUGCUGAGGCUGGAGCUGAAUGAGAUUGAAGAAGAGUUCUUCUUGUUUUGUAGCUUCAGUUUCUCUGUUUUCACACAAAUUUCAGCAAAACUAAAUCCAAAAUACGACAACUGAACGCGGCUCUGCGGGAAGGAGGCGGCUGGGCUGUUUGUGUGCUGUUAUUCCACGGCGGAUCGGCUUCUUAGAGAUAUAUAUUUAAUUAAUCUAGAGGAGGACUGCUGCUGAGGCAGCACAGAGGGGUGGAGUCCAGUCCCACAGCCAGGUGCGGCACUUUAAUGCUUCAGUUGGAUGGUUUUCCUACUGGAGACGGUGUUAAGGCUGAUCGAUCGGCUGGCAGACUGACUGGAUCCAUGAUGGAAUUACAGACGUUACAGGAGGCCCUGAAGGUGGAGAUCCAGAUCCAUCAGAAACUGGUUGCUCAGAUGAAGCAGGACCCUCAGAACGCAGAUCUGAAGAAGCAGCUCCAUGAACUCCAAGCAAAGAUCACAGCGCUGAGCGAGAAGCAGAAAAAGGUGGUGGAGCAGCUGAGGAAGGAGCUGCUGGUGAAGCAGGAACCAGAGGCCAAGCUGCAGCUGCAGGUCCAAACUCCUCCAGCAGGCGGCGACAUCAAGCCGGCGAACCUGCUGCAGAGCCAGCAGAUACCUGGAGGACUGCAGCAGCAGACCCUGACGGUCACGCCGGUCCUCACCACGAAGACUCUACCUCUGGUGCUGAAAGCUGCCGCCACGCCCGCCCUGCCCGGCUCCGUCCUGCCGCAACGCCCGCCCACCGUCGCUAUGGUAACCACAGCUAUCACCAAACCCGACUCGCAGAACGUGCCCAUCAACCUGCAGGUGGCCAGCAAGCUGACCAAUCAGAGCUCGGAGCCCGUGCGGCUGGUGUCCAAGAACGCCAUGGUGGUGCAGGCCACCACCACCACCGCCCAGCCAAUCAAAGUUCCUCAGUUUGUCCCUCCUCCUAGACUGACGCCUCGACCCACCUUUCAGCCACAGGUCAGGCCAAAGCCGGCCACGCCCACCAACGUCCCCAUCGCCCCGGCCCCUCCCCCGCCCAUGAUGGCGGCCCCCCAGCUGCUCCAGAGGCCCGUCAUGCUGGCCACCAAGCUGUCGUCCUCGCUGCCGUCGGCGGCCCCCAUCCACCAGGUGCGCAUCGUCAACGGCCAGCCCUGCAGCAAGACCGGCUCCACCCCGCUGACGGGCAUCGUCAUCACCACGCCGGUCUCGGCCACGCCCACCCGCCUCGCCAGCCCCGCCCAGGCACCCAACCCUGCCCCCGUCCCCACCCCGACCCCAGCCCAGCCGAUCCAGAUCAGCAGCCUGACCACUGAGCCCAAGCAGACUGUUAAAUCAGGAGGAGCAGAGCAGAAGGCCGUCGUCAGCCUCCCUUCCUCCUCCACCCCUCCACUGUCUCCUCCUCCUCCUCCCAGACCCAAGAAAGAGGAGAAUCCAGAGAAACUGGCCUUCAUGGUGUCUUUGGGUCUGGUAACACACGACCACUUGGAAGAAAUUCAGAGCAAAAGACAGGAGAGGAAGAGGAGAACGACGGCCAACCCGGUGUACAGCGGAGCUGUGUUCGAACCCGAGAGGAAAAAGAGUGCAGUGAGUUACCUGAACAGCCCUCUGCACCAGGGGACCAGGAAGAGAGGUCGCCCACCCAAAUACAGCAGCGUCCCGGAGCUGGGCAGCCUCACCCCGACCUCCCCCUCCAGCCCCGUCCAUCCCCUCCCCUUGCCCAGCCCCAGCUCUGGGGAUGGAGACAUCCAUGAGGAUUUCUGCACUGUGUGCAGACGCAGUGGCCAGUUGCUCAUGUGCGACACGUGUUCUCGUGUUUAUCACCUGGACUGCCUGGAUCCACCCCUGAAAACCAUUCCUAAAGGCAUGUGGAUCUGUCCAAAAUGUCAAGAUCAGAUCCUGAAAAAAGAAGAAGCCAUUCCUUGGCCCGGCACCCUGGCUAUCGUUCAUUCCUACAUCGCUUACAAAGAAGCUAAAGAAGAGGAGAAGCAGAAGCUGAUGAAGUGGAGUUCUGAACUGAAACUGGAGCGAGAGCAGCUGGAACAGAGAGUCAAACAGCUCAGCAACUCCAUAACGAAAUGCAUGGAGACCAAAAACACCAUCCUGGCUCGGCAGAAGGAGAUGCAGAUUUCCUUGGACAAAGUCAAACACCUGAUUCGCCUAAUCCAAGCCUUCAACUUCAACCAAGCCCUGGCAGAGACGGAGGGUAAAGACGUCAGAGUGCAGGACAGUGCUGAGGCUGCAGGCGCCUCUGAAGCUGCACCAGAAAUCAACUCUGUGGAGAAACCGAAACCAAGCAGCUCCCCAACAAGCGGCGGUACCGAUGGAGGCGACAAGCAGGAAAAGAAAGGAGCCGCAGAAAGCAACCAGACGCCCGAAGCCGAUGGCCAGCCUGACAGCACAGUCCUUGCAGCGGAUAACAGCCCCGGUGGAGAGGCGGGGGGUAAGGCGGGGCCUGGGGCAGGGGGAGGGGGUAACACAGGGACCAGUCUCCAGCCGGAGGUCGUGGCCAAGCCUGAGACUGAGGCAGCUCCGGUGGCUGACGUUCCCGCCUCCUCAGCGGUCGCGUCUAUCGCCACCACCAACGGCACGACCGAGCCGACCUGCCCCGACCACAGCCCCACGGCAGGCUGCCCCGCCAACGCAACCACCAACUCUGAGAACAAGAUGGCUGCCGUCAACCCUCCAGAGACAGCGGUGGAGAAGAAACAGGAGGAGGUCACUGACAGUGACGGCAGCAACACCAACAACAGCAAAACCUCAGAACCCUCCCAGCAUUCUUUGCCAGCUCUGGUCAGCAGUUUGGACAAUAAAAAGUAAUGCUACGUCUCUGGAGUCGCGGGAAUUCAAACAUAUAUAUUAAAAAAAAAAAAGACUUUGCUUGCACCGUGAGGUGCCCUGAAGUUGCCAAUCUGUAUAAAUGUUGUUUGUUUGCAUUGUAUUGUCAGACUGUGUCAAUGGUAGAUAUACAGCCCAAGUCACAUGACUCUGGGAAGACGUAGGCUGUUCCACCCACAAAAGCUGGGCUACAGGAAGGCGUACGCACCAGUGUCAUCAUGCCAAUUAGUGAUAGACGUCAUGGUGGGAAUGCUCAAAGGGAGAUUUAAUUCAUCAUCACACCAGUGUGUGCCUGUUAUAGUGGCCCCUGUGUUCUCUGGUGGGGUGGGGAGACGGUUCACAUGGGUGCAAAGAUAACCGAGAACGUGGAACCAAACAUCUGUCAGGGGUUACUGGUCUAAGAAGCAGUGUUGUGAUAGUAUGAAAAGAGAACCUGUUCAUCCCCUCGUCCCAACGAGCUUAAUGUGAACAACCUCCUGCAGCUCGAUGAUCUCCUUAACGUUUGAACUGUCCUGAACCUUAACCAUCAGUCCCAACCUGUUCCAGUUAAUCCCUAACCCUAAACCAGCCAUCGUCCCUGUCAAUCCACGACUAAACCAUCCUUCCCUGUUGAACCUGAUCUUCUAGAGACUGACAACAAAACAACACGACCGAAAGGGUUCAGUAUGCUUCAAACAAAGUGUCACCUGAAUGCUUCAAACAAAGUGUCACCUGAGUAGAGAUACUCAAAGGCAGCACAAAAACUUGCAACUAGUGCAAUUAAGGCUGGAAAUGUGGAUAAUAUUUUCAGUUUCACCUUGAAUAUAGUCAUAUCAAAAGUGUAACAAGAAUGAAAAAUACCCUAGAUGUAACUGUCAAAAAUUCUACAGAUACUUUGAUCCUUUGAACCUUCCAAAUACUAAUGUUGGAAAGCUUUGAGCUGAGAGGAAGGUUAAACACUGUUUGAUGGCCUUUUAUUAACCAAUAGCAGUAACUGUAACCCAGUACAAGUUUUCCCCAGUACAAGAGUUAUCCACAACCGAUGAGCACAUCCAAUGGAUGUUUCAUCAGAAUUUAAGUCUUCUGAGAAGACUUAAAUUCUACCAGUUGCAUUAUUGUUGGAUAUUUAGGUGGUGUUGGAAUAAGGGCUUACAGACAUCUCAUCAGGCACUUAAACUGACAUCCUUAUCUUAAUGAUCUUCAAUCAGUCAGGUAACAUGAUCAGAAGCAGUAAACUUCCCAUCCUUCUUAUAGCUUUGCCCACGCUACCUUGUGGAGUGUUGUGGGGGGUAACUAAAGUAGAAUGUGCAAUUCUAGGAAGGAUUGCAGUCCGAUUGCUGGAGGCUGUUGCAGAUUAUAUGCAGUCGCUGCAGCUUGUACAUUUCAGAUUCUGAUAUAAAACCUGCAAAACUUUCCACUAAUCCUUAAAAGUUAGAGUUUAUCUCCAGUCAGCCGUUGAUUUUAAUUAUUAGCAUUCUUAUUAAACCCGACAACCCAACCAACCCCCUUUCCCAGCAACCAGUAGUUCACCUUUACAUUGCCUCCCUUUGGAAAACAAAGUGCUAGUCAAACUAAAAUCUUGCCUCAGAACAACCUCUAUAUACCUGUCAGUUGCUGCGUAAAGACUUAAAGUGUUAUUGAAGCAUACUUACACAUUUAAACUGAGGUAUGCAAGCAAGACAAGAACUUCUACUAUAACUGAGAAGACUUUCCGAUGUUUCAGGUCAACUUCUUUGUCAUUUACAGCUUUGUACAGAUUGUUUGAAGCAUUCUGAUGCCUUUAAACAGACUUUCCAAACACUACCUACAACUUAAACCAUGACUAAACAAAACAAACAUGACUUUCAUGACAUAACAAAAACAUAAAUUUAGCCGUAACUCAGCUAACUGAAGAAUCGUCCCCUCUCCUAGUCCUCUAAGAUUACCCACAGAAAGUAUUGGACACAUGUUAGUGAAGCCUACUGAUACCUUUAAACUGAGUAUCCUAAGUUCCCCAUCAACCAAUGACGUAAGUCCAACCUUGCCUUCAAAGGCCUGCAAAUGAUUUCUGACUGUUUUCCUGAACCCAGAAGGCUUCACUGUGCUUCAGAUCCACUGCUUUGAGCAAAGUCUUGUCUGAAGUGUUGUCUACAACUUCGUAAAUGUCAUCUGAAGCACACUGAUGUCUUUAAAAAGACCAAACUUAAUGACAGAACACCAUGAUAUUCCCUUCCUGACUAAAAUCUGAAUUUAGCCCUAACCCGGCUAACUGAAGAAUCCUCCAUCUCCCAGUCACCCAACAACCUAACGUUACCCGCAGAAAGUGUUUGACGUGUUAUUGAAACAUACAAUACCUUUAAACAGGUAUCCAACUUCCCCAUCAACAAAGGCCUGCGAACAAUUUGUGACCAUUUCCUUGAAACCGAAGACUUCAGUAUGCUUUAGGUCAACUGCUUUGAGCAAAGUCCCGCCUAAAGUAUCGUUUACAAAUUCGUAAAGGACAUUUGAAGCACACUGAUGUCUUUAAACAGACUUACCAAACUUAACGACAAAACACCAUGACUUCCCUUUUAGCCCUAAUCCUUUGCCUCCCAGUCACCCAAUGAUAAAACCACCAACCAACAGUCCCAGUUACCCUGCCCUCUCCCCAUCUCUCCCCCACUUGCAUCCCUGAGCUCAGGCAGAAACGCAGCUGAGCAUCGUACGGAGGACGAGGUCGAACAGGCGCCGUAGCCUAACAGAUGUUUUCAGUGGUGUCGGUCAAGUGUAGUGAUUGAGUUUUCAUUCGUGAGUCAAGUGUGUCAACUGUGAGCACUAAAUGUGAAAUUGCAAUAUUGCAAUGUCAACACACACAAACUAUAUCUGGGCUGUGUUUCUUUUUUAUAGGAAAAGAUAUUCAGGUCUUCCUAGUCUUCAGAAUAAGUGCUUUCUGUUCCUGAACCUGCUGGACUGGCAUUAUCAACACAAAAAGGAGUCCUCUUUUUGAAGUGGUGAUCUUCGCAUUCUGUGCAUUUCUGUUGAAUCCUGAACUGCCAAAACGAUGUUGUAUCCAAAUUCAGCAGGGACAAGUCCACUUACUGUUUUGAAAGAUCAAAUCAUUUGGCGUUGUAAGAUAUAGAUGCUACCAUUUCAGAAAUUGGAAGUCCCCAGAUUGAGACAGGAAAGCUUAUUAAACAAUAACAUUAAAGGAACUUUUUGUCCUUGAAAUGGAGGAUUUGUCGUACGAACCUGCUCCUGCAGACGGAUCUCAAAGGACGAUACCACAAAUCCUGAGAUUAAAGCACAAGCUUGCUGCAUUACAAAGAAGUGCUGAAGAGCUUUUUGUACGUUAAUAUGGAAUUAAACAGAGUAUGCAUCUCUUUGUCGUGAUGUGACUUAUCCCCACAUUGCCAAUAUUUUUCUAGGAGGAAAUACAAACCUCUGUCUGACAUUAAGGCUCAAGUCUAGUUCAUGUUUUAAGGAGGAGUGCCCGGGCUUCUGCCGUCUCAGAAACCCCUUCAUCCCCUCACAGACAUCUCUUUUCUUUCUGGAGCAUGUCUGGGCUGAAAUGUGAUGCUGUUGUCCAUCGGCUUGGUGGCUGUCAGUUCGGGUCUGUCUUUGUCUGGGGAACUGAUCAUGACUUCUGGCUUCUUGUUGGGUAUGGGGUGGUUGCAAACUCUGGUCUGUUCAUUAAUGGUGCCUCUGGUUGUGCUGGACUUUAUUUUCUUUCUUUUUUGCUAUAUUGGAGGGUUGUUGCUUAUAUUUUAGCCGUCCAACAAUGUAUUUCACUCCUGAUGUGUUGAAAUCUUCAAACCUGUUUUUAAUCUAUGUUGUUUUAUUGGUAUGGGUUUUACGGCCAUGCUAGCUGCACCUGUUCACCGUCUUAUGCAUCUGUCCAAUUAAUUACUAUCAUAUUCAUGUUCUCCAGUGGAUGAACCCGACUGAUGUUGGUGAUCCUCUCACCAACAUUUUAAUGUGUCCAACACUUUGGUUUAUGACCAAACACCUGCAGAAAAAAAGACAUUCCCAUUAUGUGGACCACUGCUUAGCUAAUGAUAGCAUGCUAACAUGCUAAGCAAAUGUGGCAACUAUUACUCUUGCUGCAGACUCAAAGUCAAAAUAAGUGACUUGCGCAGGCAUUUUGCACAAGCCUACAAUCGGUACUAGCAAAUAUAAUGGCUGAACUGCCAGCUGACGAAAUCUGUCACAUGAAAUUAUUCUGCACGUGUUAGCAUGCUGACAUUUUUGCUCAAAGCACGACCGUGUCUGAGGCCAGUAUUGUACUUUCCGUGGGUUUGAGGGUCCACGAGAUGUAUGUUUUAGCAACUCCUUGAGAAUCCACACAGACCUUUUUAUGAACGUUCACAGGCUUCCCAAAAUUUGUGUUUAUGUGGCAACGACUCAUCAAAGUCAGUAGUGUCAGCUGGGUGCCCAUGGUGUCUGCUCGUGUCCAUGUAUGCUUCCACAAUGGAGUAUAGUGAAGGCUUAAAGCUGCAUUCAUUUCGCAUCAGAGAACAUACAUUUCCAAGUUGAGCAUUCCAAAUUCAAGCUUGAAGCAUUCCCGACUCAUAGCGCCAAACUAUCAACAAACUUGUCUCCAGGUAUCUGGAACAGCAACAACUGAACCAAAUAAACAUUUCGUCAGAUCGUUACAGCCGACCACAAACGCUACGAAGCAUUUUAUCUUACGUCAUUUACUAACAUAGCCUCAGUAAAGUUUGGCUUUUGUGGACACUUGUUCCGCAGACUUUAACGUCGAGACUGUAGACUGUAUUUAAACAAUGGAUGUAGCCACGGUGACAAGUGCAUUUGGCCAUCGACGUUUUAGCCUUUUAAAACUGGACAUACUGAGCGAGAGAUGGAUCUAACUUGAGAACUUGACGACAAGCCCAUACAGUAGCAAGCUCCCAAUCACAAGGCAGUCCUGCCCUAAAGCAUAACCUGCUUUGUUGUUGAUUUUCCUCUAAAUAGGACUAUAAUUCACAAAUUAAGUAUCAUGCUCCGUUGAAACAGACUUAGAACUAGCAAUUGAAACCAUAAAGUGAUUAGGAAAAUGGUUACUGAGGUAGCGGAUCAAGUGAGAAGUAGGCUCAUUUUUUUAUACGAUCAAACGUCUUUUGCAACCAGAAGAGUCGCCGCCUGCUGCCUACGUCUUUACCUUUUAUAUACAGUCUGUGCUUUUGCUCAAAGUAUAUCUGUGUCUAAAGCAGAGUGUGAUUCUCAUUGGGGAUCAGAAAUUUUAAAGUUGAACGGUCCAAAAUCCAAGCUUGAAGCAUUCCUGACUCAUGAUGUAAAGAAUUAACAAACUUGUCUUCAAAUAUCGCCAAUAGCUGCAAAGUUUAACUGGAUACAGCAACAAAAUUAAGGAGGCUAAUGACAGAUAUUGUUUAGUUAGAACGUCACACAUACAGAUGACCACUGAUAUUACCAAUUCCAGAUGCUUCUUUUACUGAUAAAACUUCAACAAUGGUCACUUUUGUGGGCUCUGUCAUACAAGAUGCAUAAAACUGGUCUGACAUCCUCACAUGGAGUUUCAACUUGAGUUGUGCCUUCAAGUAGGAAGUUCUAGGAGCUGCUAGCAUGGUCACAGAGGGUUGUAGACCCUCAGUUCCUCCUUGCAUCAGGAUGCUGUGCUGGUAGAUGUGGGUGAACACAUUGUUGGACGGCUACAAACUUCUUUUUUCUUUCAUAUCACGUGGACUCUGAAUCAGCAUAUCUGACACCUGGUUCUCUGACAUCAGCUGUACAAACUGCCUUCAUUCAGAAGAUCCCAGAAAGUGUUUGGCCACAGUGUGAUUGAUGAUGUGAUUAGUCUGCGAUGACGAGUUUAGCCGGAAGGAAAACGAGAGCCAGAGAUGCAAGUCUAACAGAAAAUGGCAACUAAUGUGUCCUGAGUUUCUUAUGAGUAUCAUUAUUGUGUGUUUUGUUAUUUGUCGGCGUACUCGGGUGGAUGUUCUUCUUCUUCUUCUUCUUUCAACAUGUCAGACUGUGUUCACUCGUGGAUAGAGCAGAGUAGUCAUCCAGUCUCUUCACUGAACAACUUUCAAAGAGCCCAAACUUGUUCCAGACAAACUGGACCUUUCCCUUCUGUACAGUAGGUACCUCGAGUGCCUUUCUUCAAACAGCAGAUAAUAUUUGUCUCUUGACUUGCACUGUGACUUGUAGAACCUUACUAACCCUCCGGAUAAUCCUCCCACCCGACCCGACCCGACCCACCCACCCCGUUCCCCAGGAGCUCCCCUCCAGACUCCGGAGCACAAACCCGGUCCCUUCACCUCAGGCUGCCAGUAGUCAAUGCAAGUUGAAACUACAUUUCAUAUUAUGCCGUUUUAAAAAUCGACCAGAUAGUGUUUUGUUGUUGUUUAAAAUAGGAGUUGCCUUAAAUGUGUUUUAAUUUCCUUUUUACAUUCGGGGGGUUUAAAAAAAAAGAGGAUAAAAUAAAGACGCUGGUGGAGGUGGGAGGCAGUUUGGCAAGAAGCUGUUGAUGAUGAUGAGAUCUCACUCGGAGAUGUUUUUGUGAUGCACUUUUGGUUUGACCAGUAUUAUAUUAUUAUUAUUAUUAUUAUUUUUAUCAGAAAUCGGGAUCCGUCAUGCAUUUUCUAGCUGGACUCGGGAGCUCGUUUGUUUUGUUUCGAAAGGUCCGCCGUCCCCUCUGUGCUGUGGUUCUUCUUCUUGUGUUUUCGGAGGAGGGGUGAGUUUGCUAAAUCAGGUCAUGUGAGCCGGAGCCCGUGUGGAAUGAACAAAUCAAAAACCCAUCUAGCAACAUCUGUCCACUCGGUGUGGUGGAGCGCAUGCCUUCUUAUGCAAAUUUUUAUACAAGAUUUGUCAAACCUUUUUUAAUAUGCAUUUUGCUUUUGUUGAUUUUUUUAAGUUUUUAUGUGAAACUCAAGUCACCUUUCUUUCUUUCUUACUUUCUUUUCUUUCCUUCUACCUUUCGUUGAACAUUCUGGCGUCCGGACGCCAAACGUGUGCAGUUUCGGUGUCGCGGUCGCAAUUAACCUUCGAGAGGAGACGUUUCUUUCUGGUGUCGCGUUUUAUGGACGAAGCUGCGAAGGCUUCAGCCGUGGAUGUACGAAGGAGAGCUUGAUUUAACAAGAUCCUAAAAGUCUCUUCGCUUCUAGUGUUUCUAUCCAGCUUAUUGGCGUCACCAUUGAUAGAACCACUGCAGGAACUUGCAAGUCAGAUUUAGGACAGUCCGAACCUUUUAUAUGUGUUCCGACUGCAAAAACCGACCCUUUAGAGCCUCUUUCAGGACAGAAAAACCACAUACACCAGGUUAGGUACUUCUUGAGAAACUUCUAUGUGAGUUUCAAGCUGGUUGGUUAAAUUUGGAGAGAAUAUCAGAUGGCAAUUUUCAGCUGUCUUGAUGUCCUCGUCUGGUAUCAGUCUACAUCAGCAUAAACUAACAUAAACGUCUAGGUCCUACGUGAUUAUAGAACUCGAGUUUUGUUGUUGUUUUGGACGCAGAAACAGAAAAGUCUAAAAGGGACGAUUAAGGAUCCAUUCCUGCAGUGGAACGCUGCCAUUGGAGUUCAAUUCUCAUCGUUCAAAGCUCUGGUGACGUUAAAGACCUAAAGUUAUCCACAGCCAUUCCAAAUGUUGACUUAUAGUUGAGUUUCUUCUGCCUGGAAAUGACAUAAAAAUCAUACAAAAGACAGUAAGACGUUGUGUUAUAGGUGCUACUGAUGAAUCUUAACUGUUUCUAUGUUCUUGUUUUUACUAGAUAUUCCUCAAAUUGCUACCACAUAAAUCAAGCAGUUUUAUUGUUGACGUGAGAUUCGUCAGCCUUGUCUUGGUGGCGAUUCUUCUUGGCCUCUACCAAGACGUCGAUGUUAUCAGGCCAUUAAAUGACCUGUUAUCAUUGCACAUCAUUCAGUCUAGUGGGACGAAAAUGUGAUCUUAUCCAUUCAUUGAUUGGAUUCAUGGAUCCAGUCAUUGACAAAUGGAAAAUAAGCCUGAUAACGUUGGCAAACUUUUGCAGUCUUGUGAAUCUAUGGGUUUGAAAUCUCUCUGUGGCCCUGUAAAGCUACAAAAUGGAGCUUUGUAACUUUAAAGGUUUUGUUUUAACCCAAAUUAUGAUAUUUUCUAAAUCAAGUCAUUCUGGAGCCUAAACUAAAUAUUGACAAAAAACUGCCGAAGUUUGAUUCCCAUCUUUGUCAAAACUAGACAAAGAUGGGAAUCGAACUCGAGGCUUUUGGUGAAAGUCUGUUGAUUAGCAUAUCCAGUUUCUAAAAAUGAAGUUUAGUUCCUCCUAGUUGCAACUGUAUUGCAAAGAAUUGAGGCGAUAAUGGCCGACUAACCUGAUUGCCUACAUAAAUUAUAGUUCAAAAGUUUGGAGUUGCUUAGAAAUGUCCUUAUUUUUGAAAGAAAAGCAAUUUUUAGACAUUGUUAAUGUGGUAAAUGACUAUUGUAGCUGGAAACUGCUGAUUUUUAAUGGAAUAUCUCCAUAGGGGUACAGAGGAACAUUUCCAGCAACAUUUCCUGUGUUCUAAUGCUACAUUGUGUUAGCUAAUGGUGUUGAAAGGCUCAUUGAUAAUUAGAAAACCCUUGUGCAAUUCUGUUAGCACAUGAAUGAAAGUCUGAGUUUUCAUGGAAAACAUGGAAUUGCCUGGGUGACCCCAGACUUUAGAACAGUAGUACCUGGAUGUGACUGAUGUGAAAUGUUUUGUCCAACAGCAUCAGCAGCAGCAGUUUAAAAGUACCAUUUUCUCAAAAAUUUGCACCAGUUUCCACCAAUUAAUGAUUUUAGAUGUGGCGUUUUUAAUUAAAACCAAGGAAUAUUUCAAAUUUAUCGUUAACUUACCAUUAUAUGCAACUUUUUUAUGUCAUUUCCAGCCAAGAUUCAGUAGAAAUCAAUGGUUUUCACGGCUAUAAUAGAGUUAAAUCCCCCAAUAAUCAGCUCUCUGGUUCCAUCCACGGCUGCAGCUCCUUGCUUUAGGUCUUAAUUUGAACUUGACUAAUGCACCAUGCUGAAUGUUGGGACCCGGCAGAGCUGCGUCGGAGGGUCGGGGGGCUCGAUCAAGUCUUAAAAACUUUGUAUUACCGAGCUCUCAAAGUGAAUUUAUCCAAAGAACACUGCACAUGUUUGUUUGGACGCCUUGUCGCUUCAUAUCAUCACCUCGUUGGUUUCCCGUGUCAGCAUCGCGUGCAUUCACCAAGCUGGAAGACGUCCCGUUUCAAGAAAAUAAAGACAAAACUAAACUCUGGUUCCCGUGAAGCAGCAGUGGUUCGCUCCGACUCGAGUCUCUUUUCAUUUUCCUCUCUCCGUUUUAAAACGAUCAAGUCAUGAUUGUGGCCUUCUAGUAUUCUGUCGGUACAUGACGUCAUUAAUCGGUUGUUUCCCGCUCAGCCUCCAUCCUUCCUUCCAUCCUUCCAUCCUUCCUUCCUUCCUUCCUUCCUUCCAUCCAUCCUGCCCGGACCCAACUGUACACCUGCAGCUUCUUACCUCAUCCACAGCUGAUUCCAUUUGGGGGGUGUGUUGAGUGCAAAAAAGAAAAAAAAACGCGUUUAAAAAAAAAAACAAAAUAAAAGAAGUCUUUUUUAAUCUUCCAUUUGGUGAGAUGCAUUGUAGCGAUAUGAAUAAAGAAAAAGUUCACCUGGUGUGCUGAAUAAUGUGUAAAUUGGUAAUUACACAAUCUGAAUAUUUGUAUAAUUGUUUGUAUUUUUUCAUAAUGAUUUUGGAAAGGAAUGUGUUUAUUUUUUUGACUUCUGUUCCAGAUGUGUCUUCUGUUGGCCUGACAUUGUGACUGGUCUGGUGGGAUUCUUACCUCUGUAUUGAGCCUCUUCUGUGAUGAAUUCUUUGUAUGCAGUGUUUAGGAAAUACUGUAGGGAACAUGGGGAGGAGUUGAUAUUAGGAGCAUUUGAUCAAUUUGUAUUUAUUUAUUUUAUCAUUUUGUUAAUAAAUUGUGAAAAGCAGA